UCAAAUCCACUGCAGUUCUGACUCCUGAAUGUUCUUCCAGAGUCCAGAUCUCACAGCCGGAUCCACAGAUGAGUUCUGGAGCUUUGAUUCAUGUGUCACAUUACUUGAGUGACCUGCGGUUCAGAGUCUGGAAGAAGAUGCAGGAAACUCUCCAACACACUCCAUUGACUCUAGAUCCAAACACAGCAGCUCCUUCGCUCACACUCUCUUCUGAUUUGACCAGUGUGUCGUACAGUAACGUAUAUCAAAAUCUUCCUGAUAAUCCAGAGAGGAUUGAGAGGUAUCCAUGUGUUCUGGGUUCUGAGGGAUUUAACUCAGGAACACACUGCUGGGAUGUGGAGGUUGGAGACAAUACUUACUGGAUUGUUGGAAUAACCACAGCAUCAAACCAAAGGAAGGGAGAGGUUUUCUUUAAGUCUAAUGUCUGGCGUGUGCUGUACAUAGACAGUAAAUACAGCUCAAAAUCCCCAGAUCAACACUUGACUGACUUCACAGUUAAAGAGAAGCUGCAGCGUGUGAGAGUUCA